UAUUCAUGUCAAAUUUGAUAUAAUUAAAUGUACAUUGUACACACGAGUCACGAAGUUAUGAUGAAAAACAGGUUGUUUUUGUUUUUUCUUCUCUAAAAUCCCGAAGGAAGCGUUGAUUACAGUUUCGAAUCAUGAAUAUCAUGUGCGACGUUGUUAAAACAGUUGGGUACUGAUCUGCACUCCAGAUGUAAAAUAUGAUGAAUUAGUAGACAGCGUGAGCUUAAUUUUUAAAAAAUUUAGAGGAAACGUCUAUAAGUGUACGUCGAAUUAAGAUACUUUCUGUUAAAAACGAUAUCGAAAUGGCGCCAGUACCUUUAGAGGGCCAUCAAACUCCCGUUACAAAUAAUAUACCACAGGAAGGUAAUCGUGGUGGAUCUAUAUCCUUGGGGAUGCUUAUAGAUUUUAUUAUACAACGAACGUAUCAUGAACUCACUGUUCUUGCCGAACUGCUCCCUCGUAAAACAGACAUGGAACGCAAAAUUGAAAUUUAUAAUUUUUCUGCUCGGACGAGACAGUUGUACGUCCGUUUAUUGGCACUGGUAAAAUGGGCAAAUAGCGCAUCUAAAGUGGAUAAAUCUACACACAUAAUGGCGUUUUUAGAUAAGCAAUCAUUGCUUUUUGUCGAUACUGCGGAUAUGCUGGCGAGGAUGGCUCGUGAUACUUUGGUACACGCUAGACUUCCAAAUUUCCAUAUUCCUGCAGCUGUAGAAGUACUUACCACUGGAACAUACGGCAGAUUACCAGCUUGUAUUCGAGAGAGAAUAGUGCCUCCAGAUCCUAUCACUCCUACAGAAAAGAGAAGUACAUUGCAGAGAUUGAAUCAAGUCAUUCAACAUAGAUUAGUCACUGGAAACUUGUUGCCACAGAUGCGUAACUUAAAGAUCGAGGCAGGAAGAGUUACGUUUCUUAUUGAGCAAGAGUUUUCAGUAUCUCUUACGGUUAUGGGUGAUGGGCCAACAGUUCCAUGGAGACUAUUAGAAUUAGAAAUUUUAGUUUCGGAUAGAGAGACUGGAGAUGGAAAAGCAUUAGUACAUCCUUUGCAAACUCGAUAUGUACACCAAGUUGUUCAAUCGCGAUUGGCUGAAAGUACUAAUCCACUAUCAGAAGUAUAUCAUAUCCUGCAUUAUUUUUGUCAAUCAUUACAAUUAGAAGUUUUGUAUUCUCAAACGUUAAGGCUGAUUCGAGAUAGAUUGGACGAUCAUAUUCAUGUAGACGAAUAUACACCUGGCAAAUGUCUUUCUAUAUCUUAUUGGAGGGAAUUAACGAGAAAGGAUCCACGAUCAGAGCUUGGAUAUAGAUUAACUGUUCAAGUAGAUCAACAUGAUCCUGCGAGGCCUCUCGCAGUUGUACAUAUUCCGUCGUUAGGCAGUAAGGAAAGUGAGAUAGCACAUAGAGCCAUUAGGUCAGAUCAAUUGUCGAUGGAAUGUUUACUCGUGCACACGAUCUACGUCCGAACCCGAAAUCGUUUGUCCGAAUUGAAACAAGAGCUACAAACAAUGCUGAAAGACGUUGAAUGUACUUUAGCGGGAUCUCCAGCUAUUUUAUCAGUGCCUAUAUUGCAACCAUGUUUACGUGCCGAGCUGCUAUUGGUUACAGUUGACACUCAUACUGGUAUGCUACAGUGCCAUGUCCCUCAAUAUGACGCACCACUUGUCCCAGAAUUAACAAUGGCCUUAAAUGGGGAUCAUUCGCGUCUUCCGACGCUUAUAUCUGAAUUGAGAUUUUGGAUAACACAGAGACGUUGUGAGAAAACAUUGCAACAUCUACCAGCUACCUCGCAUGAACGUUUGCCCGUUUUGCAUCAUCCAGAUCAUCCUAUGUCUAAGAUUAGUCGGCAUCGGAUGUUCGUUCAAUUGCACCGACAUCCGACAGUCAUAUUGAUUGUCGCAUUCAAAGAGAAAGAAAGCUCACCAUGUGAAAUAGAAUGCUCUUUCUAUCUUGCUGUAGUGAAGCAUAGUUCCAUCGAAGAUGAUCCACACGAUGAUAGCAUAGAAACGGAAAUACCGAAAAUGUAUUUGAAAGUCCAAAGCCUUAUUGAGUUUGAUACUUUUGUGAUUACUCACGGCCCAUUUACAAGUGUUGAUAGUGGGAAUAAUGAUCAAGAUGGGGGGUGCAUUACAGAAGUGGUGGAGACGUCUAACAACAAACGUAGAAGCACCGGGGUCGGAGGAAGGACAGAUGCGGCAGGAACACCACAGAAUAGAAGACCAAAGCAUCCAGCUUACUUUAUUCCGGAAUUGGCACACGUUGUCGCUUUGUGCGACGAACGAAUACCGUUCGUAACUCUGGCUCAAGAACUUACUAGACGAGAGAUAGCCCAUCAGGGACUCCAAGUCGAGGCGAAUGCCACGGCAUUGGUACUCAAACUUGUUCAAUUGCCUGCACCAUCACCGAGCAUAGCUACGAGCAGUGCUUGGCACGCUCUUCUCAAAAGACUUUUGAGUGUCUCGAUUAGAGUUCAGGGCAAAGGCAUGGCUAAAACUUGGACGGUGGAAUUUGUAUUUUAUGGUAGUCCUCUCUCCAGCAGUCAUCCCAAAGAACAAGGUUUGCGUAGACCAGUCUACUUUCAAUAUGAAAUGGGUACAGCCGAUACCGUCUCCCGCACUGUAGAUGUUUUAUUAAACGAUUGGGGACAGAUAGUACAUUUGUAUUUGAUUGUUCAUGAUUUAGCUGAAUAUUUCAAAAUGGAGAAAUAUAACUUACGCAAUAUGGUUAGCAUUAAGUCUUAUAGUUAUAGCAAGCUGGUUCUUGCGUAUGGUCCAAAUCAAGGUGCAACUGUCACUAUACAGUGGAGUACGAACGACAAGGCAUUUAAGCUGGUAUUUGGUAGGAGUCCAACAAAUACGGUGACCAAUGCGCAUUCUAUAAUGAAGGAACAACUAGAAGCUCAUUUGAAUAGAUACACGAAUUUGGCACAAAUUAUUCAUAUACUUAACGAAACGCUUCAGCCACUCACUUCGAUUAGUAAAUUACCAUCAAUCCCUCAGUUAUGCGUGCAUGCGGUAAGUGCACGCGCGUAUCUGCCUUUUUUCGGUUCAGAUUUACGGCUAAAUUCCUCUCUACAGAGACCACGAGUGCCGGUACAAACGUUUACUAUAAUGCCACAAUGUGUCACUUUAGUAAGGAUAGCGUAUCAAGGAAUGUAUUGUUUGGAAUUACGUUUGCGCGGCGGGGGUUUGGUGAGCUUACGCGACGGUGCUUAUAGUCGUUUCGACAGAAGUAACGUUGUCGAUGAGUUCACACCUACGCAGGGCUUAAAAGCAUUUUUGUCGAAAUAUGUCGACGAGAAUGCGGUAUACAGAAGGAGGUCUCAGUCGGAGGAUGAUAAUCCACCGUCGCCUGUUACUAUGGACAGCGAUGGUGCUGGAGGCAACGUAAGCUUCUUAGGCCAUCACAGGAGUGGGCCCCAAUCGCCCGCCCAACAACGCGAAGGUCUGAGAUUUCAUCCACCGCUCACACCACCGUCUGGUAGUAAUCCUCAUACACCGGCCAGUCCUCAUACAGCAAAUAUAUCCCAGGCAAAUCAACAUCAAAGUUUCGGAAGUAGUCCUGCAACUUCAUUUAAUUUAGCAUCUCCGCCAUCGUUACCACCAAAUACACCUAAUAUGUUACCACAUCCAUCUCCUGGAUCUGGACUCGUUGCAAACAGUCCUUUAAAUCCGAUGCACGUUCCUAGUCCAGCUGGUCUCAUGCCGACAUCAUCGCCUGGUCCUUGCAGUAAUGUUCAAGUAGGGCAUUCUCCUGCUGGUUCAUUCAUGCAAACAGGUCAUAUCGAUGGUAGUCCUUUUCCGGCUUCUCAAAGUAUGGCUUCCCCGGCUGCCUCCAACUGGCCUGGAUCUCCCAGUGUACCGAGACCUUCUCCCGCGAGACCUGGACAAAGCCCGAGUCAUGCAGCAUUGCAUAGUCCGCAAGCCUCCGAUCAUAAGACCGGUAGUCACAUCUCCAGGGUAUUACCGCAGAGGUCCUGGGCGGGUGCCGUGCCGACACUUCUCACGCACGAAGCUCUAGAAAUGCUUUGUUGUCCAUCGAGUCAUCCAUCCGCCUUACCAGGUCCGGAUAUGUCUCCGCUUGAGAGAUUUCUAGGCUGCGUCUAUAUGCGGAGACAGUUGCAACGCUUUAUCCAGACGGAAGAUUGCUUAACUGGUAUCAAUGCAGAACCCGGUGUGGUACAUUUCAAAUCUGAGAGCUUGCAAUGCAGAGUUGGAUUAAAUCCUACGCAUUUCCAAUCUCUUCACAUCAAGGUUCUUUCACUUCCAGAAUAUAAAGAUCAAUGGAGCGUAGAAGAGUUACAGAUUAUCGAAAAGUUCUUCGACACGCGGGUAGCUGCCCCGCCUUACAAACACAACACGCUGUCCGGUUUCGGAAGGAUGCUUAACGUACGUUUCAAAGUGUUAAAGGAUUUCGUGCAAAUAAUGAAACUGGAUCUAGUUCCCAGUCUUGUGCAGCAGCAGCAGCUGAAGUGGUCCGUGCAAUUGUGUUUGCGUAUCCCACCUUCCGCGGGGCCAAUCGUGCCUCCUGGUACGGAAGGAGUACACGUUUGCAGAAGUAAAAUUUUAUUUUUCUUGCAAAUAACGAGAUUAGGAAUAUCAUAUCAAGGAGAGACGCCGUCCUUGGUGUUGCCGUUUGUGCAUGAUGUCAAUACGAAUAUAACACAGCUAGCGGAUAGAAGAGAUCUUACUCCACCUCCCUCAGCGAUUGCGGCAGCGUCUAUGCAGCUAAAGAGAUUCGCCGAGUACGGGGCGAAUCAGUCAGAGUGUUCGCUGUUUCCCGCUGUACGCGAUCUUUUGGCUAAUUUCACAUUACCGUCGGAACCGCCAGUUAUAUCACAGGUCGUGCCGUCCCCGGCAGGAACUCAAGUAGCUUCCGCACAGCAAAUUCAGAACACAGCGAUGCAAAUGCAUUCGCCCAUGGCUGCUGGUCAAGGUCCACAGGGACCAGGACCAUACGGAAUCCAAGGCAUGCAACCGAUGGGGAUGAUGGGCGGCCCGCCUCAAUAGGACUUGCUUUACUCUCCUAAUCCCCUGUGUCUAUCGAGUCAUCCUACGUGGAUGAACUAAAAAUGUAAACUUUGACUCAAAGAAUUCGCAAGAAAAGAUAAUCCGACUGCGCUAUUCUAAUAUGAGAAGAUUUACAUUUUAUGGGGCAUCUUAGGAGAGAGAAAACUAUGUCGUGUUCGCUGCACUGUUUAAUCUAACAAAGAUGAAAAAUGGACAGCUGAUAAAAAUAGGAUAAUUGAAUGUGCAUGUUUCUUGUGACAAUCUCGCAUCUAAGUUUGAUUUUGUAGAUAUACGCUUUAUAUUUUAGUAUUACAAUCAGCAAACUCUAUUAUUAAAGCAAAUAUGCUAAAAUGAAUGUAUAUAAAUUGUAUUAUAAGAAUUAGGUUACAAGAAUUAUAUUGGAAUCAUUCAACGCGUAACUUAAUUUAACUUUAAUUAAAAAAAAUUAUUGCAACUGUACUUGCUAACAACAGUUAUUACAUUUUUCAUGUAAAAUAAUAUUCUUUGUUGAAAAUUAUCAUAAGUAUAAUCAAAAAUACGAAUCUAUUAUCUUUUUAUAAUGUAUAGAAGUUUAGUAUUAAUAUAAGAAGUUUAGUAUGAAUACAAAAUAAUUUAUGAUGUUGCAAAUAAAAGGCAUUAUAGAUAUAUGAAAAAGACAAAUGUAAAAAUGUUUUUAAGUAAAUUUCUUAGAUUUAAGAUG